CGCCGAUAUGAACUCCGCAACCGCAUGUAUUUGCUUCGCUAGUUUAUCGUACACACAACACGUGACAAGUUAUUUGGGCUCACAUCCGAACGUGUCGAUCGAGAGAACAAGGGCAAGCGUAGGUUGGAACUUGGAAGCUUCUUCAUCUCGCGUUACUCCGCUGUGGCGGGUUACUUAGUCAUUUUGAACUUCAAAGCUUACAUCGCAUUUCGCAGAGAGUAAACACAGAGGGAGAGAGAGAGAAGAGAGGGAGGAGGAAAAUGACUGAUCAAACGGUGAAGUUCAGUGUUUUGUGCAGUUUAUUCAAUUGGAUGCAGCGAAGCAAGUCUUCGGCGAAGAAGCGGUCUAAAUUUCGUAAAUUUCUCGAUAACUUCUGCAAGCCUGGAGAUUACUUCAGUGCAAUUCGGCUGAUUCUUCCCUCUCUUGAUCGAGAAAGGGGUUCCUAUGGGUUGAAGGAGUCUGUGCUCGCAACUUGCCUUAUUGACGCCCUUGGAAUGUCAAAGGAGUCUGAAGAUGCUCUUCGCCUCAUCAAUUGGCGGAAGGGUGGAGCCAAGACGGGCGCCAAUGCUGGGAAUUUUGCUCUUGUUGCUGCAGAGGUAUUACAGCAAAGGCAGGGGAUGGCUUCUGGUGGAUUAACAAUCAAGGAGUUGAAUGACUUGCUUGACCAUUUGGCUUCAAGUGGGAACAGGGAAGAAAAGACUUCUGUUCUUUCUGAGCUUAUCAAGAAAACAAAUGCACAGGAAAUGAAGUGGAUUGUCAUGAUAAUUCUUAAAGAUCUGAAGCUGGGUAUUAGUGAGAAAAGCAUUUUCCAUGAAUUUCAUCCAGAUGCCGAAGACUUGUUUAAUGUAACAUGUGACUUAAAAUUAGUUUGUGAGAAGCUGAGAGAUCGAAGCCAACGGCACAAACGACAGGAUAUAGAAGUUGGAAAAGCAGUGCGUGCUCAAUUAGCCAUGAGAGUCAGUGAUGCUACUACUGCAUGGAAGAGGCUUCAUGGAAAAGAUGUGGUUGUUGAAUGCAAAUUUGAUGGAGACCGCAUUCAAAUUCAUAAAAAUGGAGCAGAAAUACACUUCUUUUCAAGGAACUUCUUUGAUCACCUUGAAUAUGGACAUGGAAUGUCAAACAUUAUUGUACAAAAUAUCCUUAUUGAUAGAUGUAUACUUGAUGGUGAAAUGUUGGUCUGGGACACAUCUACAAAUCGUUUUGCUGAGUUUGGUUCGAAUCAAGAAAUAGCAAAGGCAGCAAAGGAGGGAUUAGAUAGUGAUCAGCAGUUGUGCUAUGUUGCAUUUGAUAUCCUUUAUGCUGGAGACACAAGUGUUAUCCAUCAGAGUUUGAAGGAACGACAUGAAAUUCUUAGAAAAGCUGUAAAGCCUUUGAAAGGUCGUUUGGAAAUUUUAGUGCCAAAUGGUGGUCUUAAUGCUCAUCGUCCUUCAGGGGAACCAUGCUGGUCUCUUAUUGCAAAUAAUGUGGCAGACGUUGAAAGAUUUUUUAAGGAAACUGUUGAAAAUAGAGACGAAGGGAUUGUUUUGAAAGACCUUGGUUCUAAAUGGGAACCUGGGGAUCGAAGUGGAAAGUGGUUAAAGCUGAAGCCUGAGUAUGUACAUGCUAGUUCUGAUCUGGAUGUCCUGAUCAUAGGAGGAUAUUAUGGCUCUGGACGUCGUGGAGGCGAUGUGGCUCAGUUUUUGUUGGGUCUUGCAGAGCGUUCUGCACCAAAUGUCUAUCCGAGACGAUUUAUUUCGUUUUGUAGAGUGGGUUCCGGUCUCUCUGAUGAUGAGCUGAAUGCUCUUCUUACAAAAUUGAAGCCUUAUUUCAGGAAAAAUGAAUAUCCAAAGAAGUCUCCACCAAGCUUUUAUGAAGUUACAAAUAAUUCAAAGGAGAGGCCAGAUGUUUGGAUUGAUAGCCCUGAAAAGUCAGUAAUACUUUCAAUCACUAGUGAUAUCCGAACAAUUAGGUCAGAGGUAUUUGCCGCACCGUAUAGUUUGAGAUUCCCCCGUAUUGACCGGGUGAGAUAUGACAAACCUUGGCACGAAUGCCUUGAUGUGCAAUCUUUUGUGGACUUGGUACAGUCUAGUAAUGGCAACACCCAGAGGGGAACAGAUUAUGGAUGCUUACAAGAUAGUAAACCAAAACACACAAAAUCCUCACAAUUGGGUGAGAGGAAAAAGAAUGUUUCUAUUGUCCCUUCACAUUUUGUUCAGACAGAUACAUCUGGUGUUAAAGAGGAGACUCUUAUAUUUGCAAACAUCAUGUUUUACUUUGUCAAUGUGCCUCCAACCCAUUCUCUGGAUUCCUUCCACAAAAUGGUGGCUGAGAAUGGAGGAACUUUCUCAAUGAAUCUUAAUGGCUCAGUCACUCACUGUAUUGCAGCCGAGCAAAAAGGGAUCAAAUAUCAGGCAGCUAAGCUUCAUGGAGAUAUCAUUCAUUAUUCUUGGGUUUUGGAUUGUUGCUCACAGAAGCGACUCCUGCAGUUGCAUCCAAAGUAUUAUCUCUACUUGUCAGAAUCAUCAAAGAGCAAACUUCAAGAAGAAAUUGAUAAAUUCUCUGACUCUUAUUACUUGGAUCUUGAUAUUACAGACAUCAAACAGCUUUUUAGCAACUUGGUGGGAACAGAAGACUCCAAAAGUAUUGACCAUUAUAAGAAGUACCGUCCAAAUGAAAAAUGGUCAUGGUUUCAGGGAUGCUGCAUUUAUUUCAUUCCUUUGAUAGGGUCCAUAAAUAUGAAUUGGAAAGUUCUAUUUGAGAUUUCGCUGAGGAGGAUGAGUCUUGAAGUUUCUAUGCAUGGGGGUAAAGUCAGUUGUGACAUUUUUCAUGCUACUCACUUGGUGGUCUUGUCAGCACCAGGAUCUAAUGUGGACUUUGGCACUUUACUUGAAAGUUUCUCAGCAGCAGACAAACAUUUUCUAUACAACAAAAAGCUGCAUAUUUUAGGGUAUCAGUGGUUAGAGGAUUCCUUGGAAAUGGGCCAAAAGUUGCAAGAGGGGAAAUAUGGUCUGAGGCCUGAUAGCUUGGAGGAUUUACCUAUUGAACAAAGGAUAAGUGACAUAGAGGAAAACCAGAAUGGACAUCCCGAGAAGGAUGACAAAGGAAGUACUAAUGGACCUGCUGUAGAACACCUGAGAGUCUCAGAAUCCCCUGAGAAGGGUGCCAAAAGGAAGAGAGGCAGACCUGCUUUGACCAAAGCAAAAGGAGCAAGAAAAGGUUUCAGUCAAACUCGAAGAUCACGAGCAAGACUUGGAAACAGACCUGCAAAAAUAGAUGAGAAUGAAUCCGGCAGCAAUGAUUCCUGUGAUGAAACCAAAAAACAUGAACACUUUGUAACAAGUGAAGGGUCCAAGGGAACUGAUGGAAUGGACGCAAUGAAAAAUGGGACAUCCCAGGAGAAUGAAAGCCCAGAAGUCUUGGAUAGAUCACUAGGAAUCAACCCUACCAAAUGGGAGGCCACUGAAGAUGAAAACCCAGAGUGGUUUCCUAAGGACCAAAGAACUGAAUUGGAUGGUGGAAUUUACACCAGAGACUCUGAAAAUGCUCAAGGAUCUGGGAAUGCUUACAAAGAAAAGAAAGAUAACUUGGAAAAGCUGGAAAUGAUGGUAGAUCCGGUUCAAGCCAUGUUACUAGAUAUGAUACCAAGCUUGGGGGUGAAUAAAAUUGAAACUGCAGAUUCUGUUAUUGAAAUUAAGAAACCAUUGGAAGAUCCUGAUGCAGAGCCAGUAAAGAAGAAAAAGAAAGUCAGCUACAAGGAUGUUGCUGGUGAGUUGCUGAAGGAUUGGUAAAAUGUUAUAAUUCACUUAAAUUAAAAAUUGUAUUAUAACUAGGCUGGGAUUAGCUUGUACAUCGUUUGUUUUUCUUUUUUAAUCAGUGGUUAAAGAUUUAGUUAA